AUGAAGACUAUUACACAAAAACAGCGACAAACAGAAGAAAUUUGCAAAAGUCAAAAGACUGUUGAUAAAAGUCUACAAGUAAUUACGUCAAGUAGUUCAAGCAAUGAGAGCAAGCGUGAAGGUGAACCUUCUCCGCAACUUUCGUUGACUCAAUAUGUUCCUCCCUACUUGAACUAUCCUCAGUACUACCCUGUGCAUCCUAAUUAUAGUAUGGCAUCGGUUCCUCAGUAUCACAUGGCCCCAGUUCCUCAGUUUCCUUUCCCACCCGUUUCUCAGUUUUCUAUGCCACCAGCUCCACAGUACCCGAUCUCACAACUCCCUCAGUACCCAUCUAUGCCUUACAACUCACCAUACGGUUUUCCACCUCAUUACUACCCUCCACGAUACUUUUAA